GUUAGCACUGCAGUGCAUAACAUGUGGUGAGUAGUUGACUCAGAAAGAGAAAGACAAUAGUAGAACAGUUUUCAAAAAAUUAUUUUCUUAAAUGAAGGAGAAGCAAGCGAGAGAGAGAUUUAGUUAAAAAAAAUAACUUUCAGUUUCACUUACUUAGCUAGAAAUGCAGCUCGCUAGUUUAGUUACUCAAACACCCGGCUCAAACAGAGGGAUGCUAUGUUAUCUAGCUGUCUAUGACUAUCCAACACCGCACUGGAACUCUUCCAAAUCAAGGCCGGUGGUAGCUGGUCCCCUGCACGACGGUGAGGUGCCGGAGGUCCCUCCUCCCCCUCUGGACAUCGAGGGGUCCCCGGCAUACACGAUACGGGCCAUUCUGGACUCGAGACGCCGGGUGAGGGGCUUGCAGUACCUCGUGGACUGGGAGGGGUACGGUCCGGAGGAGAGGUGCUGGGUACCGGUGGGGGACAUUUUGGAUCCGUCUAUGCUGAGGGAUUUCCAUCGCCUCCAUCCGGAUCGCCCUGCACCUCGUCUUCCGGGUCGACCUCGAGGCCGGUGUCGGCGCGCUGCGGGAGCCGCGUGUCAGAGGGGGGGUACUGUCACGACUCCGACUGAGGCAGGCUCUCCUUCCCAUUCGGGUGGCGCUCGGCGGUCGUCGUCACCGGCCUAUUAGCUGCCACUGAUCCGUUUCUCCCCCUUCUUAUGUGUUUAUUGGUUACACCUGUUUUGUAUUUGUUUGUAAUUAGUUGGGCUUAUCAGUCAGCCGGCCCGCCCGUUUCUUUGUGCGGGAUUGUUAGUUUGUAAGCGUGGUGUUUGUUUCGGACUAUACGUGUUUGUGUAUGUUCGAGUUUGUUAUUGGACUGUUUUCGUUCCCCCCGUGUCUGGGGCAGUUUAUGGAGAGCACCCAGUGUGUAUAGUAGGGUGGCCGAAGUUCUCCGUGUUUCA